GAUAAAGCAAUGUGAUGCGUCUCGACCACUGUCCCUUCACUCAUUGAAGUUGUUUCGCGAAAGACGGGUCAGCAUUUCUGUUUUCCAAACAUGCCUUCCAAGAAAGGGGAACGAUGAACUUAAAGGCGCCAAUGACACUGACGAAGUCCAAAUGGCUGUGAGCAGAUCACCGUGCACAGAAAAAGAUGGUCAGAAGCGAUCAAGCGUUUGCCAGGUCGACGCAGAAACUGAUGAAGACAUUAUUUCGGAAGCCCUAUUCGAGAGUGCAACGUUUUCAAAAGAGCCUAUUUCAUGCCGAGCGAACAGGAUUGGGCAGAUGUUGUCCGAACAGUUUGGAAAGCUGGAAAAAAAGAGCAGGAGCCAGGUCCACGGGGAUUUGACGAGCCGGAUCGCCCUCACGGAACGAUGUAUCCGGGACUCGUUGAUUGAACGUCUAGCGGAACAUAGUGGUGGUUUGAGGCAACGAAUGCACUUGGACGAACUGGAAAACUGUAUGAUCACAGCUCUUCGUGUUAACGAUAAAAGGCUUAUGGUGAGACUUCUUAACCUUGGGGCUUCACCGGACAAAGCGGGGGAUAUCAAUCUCUUGGUGUUUGCCUGUCGCAAAGGCAGAAAGUCGGCGGUUGAAAUACUCGUCAACCACGGUGCGAAUGUUAACAUUGAGCCGAAAUAUACGAAGUUCUGGGGUACACCUUUGAUUGCUGCGGUCAUGCAGGAUGACCUUGACAUGGUGAAUAUACUCUUGGACAAAGGAGCUGAUGUCAAUCAGCUGAUGGGUAACCCGUUUUUUGCGGGCGCUGCUUCUGCGCUAAUGCAAGCUUGCGAGUAUGGGAGGUACCGCAUAGUUGACGAACUUCUUUCGAGGGGCGCGGACGUCCGUCAAACAAACUGCGAGGGAAUGGGUGUAAUUCAUAUAACAAUCUUAGGCAGGUUGAACAAAGACACUAUACGUAUCGUAGACUUGUUACUGCUAAAUGACGCUGAUGUCAACUCCCAAUAUUUCAAUGGGAGGACUCCUUUGGAUGAAACUCUACUGAGACUUGCCGCGGAGGAAAACAAACCGCACCAGUGUGGACACUCUGUGCCUAUAUUAACGCGCAUAGCCUGCAGGUUAAUUGGGGCUGGAGGGACGUUGCGUUCCAUAUCACUCCAAUCGUACCUCAUGCCUUUAUGUAGACGCCUCUGCUCCUGGAUGGUUCCGCUACAGCCCUGCCUAGUCGAACUUGUUAGGACUUAUAUAAAAGCAGGUCUGAUGACCUGGUCAGAAAUACGUAGUCUGCAUCUUCAAGUUCGAGGAACAGAUCUUAUCUUAAUUGAGCAAUAUCUUGAAAAAUUUCUUAGGUGUGGUUAUUACACGUUACAGGAAAUCGCUCGCAUCCAGCUCAGGAGAGGAAUGGGCGGCGGAAAUAUCGGAUCACACACAAUCCAACUACCACGUCAUCUUGUGGACUACGUUUUGCUAAAAGACAUUUGAUUGAUCACAAGAGAGUGUGUACUAUCCGCUAUCCAUGUAUCUGUCAUGUCUGUGUCCAAAGCAUUCACUAACUUAUACUUCUGAUCAAUUAGUUAAUACCUGGCUUGGGUACCAACUGUUAGCCUAAAGCCCCACAUGUAUAUUUUAGAAAAGUAAAUCAAAAUUAAUUCAAUGUAUAAAAAUAAUUUUAUUAGUAUAACAAUGGUAUCAUUUAGAAUUUACAAUUAUCGUCUCAUAAUAUUUCUGAAUCGAAAUAUUCUCUGCUCCUUCACAGCCGCUCUGCCGCGAGAGAUAUGUUGAUACGCGAAGCUUGAUUUUCUCAGAGGUAAUGAUAUUCUUUUUUGGAUAUGGUUUAAAAAUCUGACAACGGUUCGAGAGAAAAAAUAGACCUCUCCGGCAUGAAGCGGGAUUUUAACAUGAUAUUUUGAUUCGUUUUUUUGCAAACACGGAAAUAUAAAAACAUUUCCCCCGGCCUGAACGUCAUUUUCGUUCCAACCAUCUGACAUCGGAUUCGAUAGGCAGGUAGGUUUCCGCAACCCUCGCGAAAUGGUCGCGAACGACAAAGUACGAGGCAUGUAAAGGAAUUUUAUCGAGGAAGUUUUCGAAGAGUUCGAGACCCCGAAUCCUCGUGCUACUAAGUAUGAAAGCGUUGCGAGGGUUGCGUAAAUGAAUUCGUGCAUCCUUAAAGGAACAGCUCAAUAUUUCUUACCCGUUACCAUGUAUUAAGCACCAGGUUAAUGUAAUGGUGAGGGGUUAUAAAGUCUAUAUAGAUGUAUAUGUGACACUGAAUUGUCUCACUUGGAAGUAAAAAAAUCCCUUUGGCAAUGUACAUCUUUGCAUUCAGGUACAAGCACAAUGUAGCUAUCUUAAUAUAACUAAAUUCAUCUUGUUAUCGAAAUGAUGCUGCAGAAUGAUUGCAGUUAAUAGUCU